GGCCUAUGAUCCAAGUGAUUAUGAACACCUUCACGUCAGCCAAGAAAUUAAGGAUCUUUUCCGGUACAUUACAAGGUACGUAGUUAUUUAUUUUUCUUUUAUAAGGAUUGUUAAGGCUCAACAGUCAGAACAGUAGGAAGCGGGGCCCCUGAAAAUAAAGAAAAGUUAACUGGAACCUCCACACAUAUUUAUACAGAGAAGGCUCUCCAGUGAUUUCUAUGUGGAUUAUAAUUUGCAUCAUCUGUGUUCUUCUAUCACUCCUAAGGUAUACACCUCAAACAAUUGAUGUGGAGCACAAGCUAAAGCCAUUUAAUCGAGAUUUUAUUCCUGCUGUUGGAGACAUUGAUGCAUUCUUGAAGGUAUAAGUGUUUUUUCAUAUGGUAGAAUUGAAGAAGUUAAAAUCAAUUUUUUUUUUUGUUUUUACAUACAUGUAGUAGCCUUAAACCUUCACUCAUCAGUUGCUGCAGAUACAAGGUCCCAUUUGGAAAAUACCCCACUCAGAAACCCUUCACUGAAUAUUCCCACAAAAAUGAGAUAUCAAUAACAUAUAAAGUAUUAUCUAAUGAUGGUGUUUUGUUUAUCACUUUGUCAGGUAACUCGUCCAGAUGGUAAACCUGAGACUUUAGGGUUGGUUGUACUGGACGAGCCUAUUGCAAAGCAAUCAGAUCCCACAGGUACUGUGAGAAAGCAGAGGCUAUUCAUGCGCCAGCGAUACAUUCACAAUAACACCAUCAACAAAAGUGUUGGUUACAAAGCAAACUCAAACCCUACUUGCAUUAUCUCGACUCACUUGAAGCACUCACUCUUGUAAAUUUCCGUUGAUUUCAGGUUGCAAUGAAAGUCAGUUUCACAUAUACUAGCCCAAAAACAAAAUUUAAUUCUGACAAGCAAUAUUAACAAUAAUUAAUUACAGUGCGGCUAUACACAAACAAAGGCCACCCGGACAAAAUUCUGGGACAAAUUUUGAAAUUAGCUAAUCACAAGUCAAGAUCUAAACAAUGAAAUUGUGCAUAAUUGUACUCAGAGCCAGUUCAGAAUACGUUGCGAACCAUUUUUCUGACGGAUACGUUGUAUAGCAAAUAGGGAAUCGUGAUGUUUGUGUAAAUCAAGCUGAAAAUGUUUUGACAAUGCCUGGUUUAGCUGGAAUCAAAGCAUUAAGAAAUUUUGAGCAAUCUAAACUAAUCUUUGAAUUCCUGUAGCCUAGUCAUUAAAGCCACUAGCCCAAGGCUAUGGGACACACACAGUUUCGCCUCCCAUGCAGGCAUUUUAUCCCUUCCUGUGAGGUGAAGAGGAAUACAACUCUUGUGGUGCCUUGGAAUAUAAUGUAGAAGGUGCAGUCGCACUUUUUAGCAACAUGUUGAAAGUAUUUAUAUAUAAUACCCCUUUCCUUUUAGUUCUGGAUAUGACAAUCAGAACCAUCUCAAAGCAGACAAAUGUGAAAGCUAUGGUAUGUAAAUUAAUAUUAAAUAAAUAAUAUUAAAUGAUAUUUUGUUAACAGUAACAGGAAAAGUUAUUGGCAAACUCCUGGAAAUAAUUUCUCAUUCAUUAUUAUAAUAUGUGCAAAAUGUAUCUGUUCAUAUUACAGACAGUACGCAGCAUUGAAGACCCGGAAAAGAACCCUAAAGCUGUGGACAACUGGAUUGACAGUAUCAGGUGUGAUCAUAUAUGUUAAUACUAAUCUAUCCACAUACAUUGAUUACCAUGUGAAAACAAUAAAGGUCAAUCCUGCAUUUUGUAAUAAUUACCCAAGUGCCUAGGUACUUGAUAAUUAAUAGAAAUAUUGUUAUUAUUAUUAUUAUUAUUAUUAUUAUAUUUUUUUUUAAUUGCAAGUAAAAAACAAAACAAAAAAUUACGCGGAAUAAAGAAAUGAAUAAAAAGAAAAAAAAAUUGCGAAUUUACACACUUACACGGCAAUACUUAAAUUACAAACAUUAUUAUAAAAUGUUAUUAUAAAUUGUAGCUUAAACUUGCAUAGUUUAUAAAUUGUCUGACCUUUAUUUUAAUGAAAUAAUGUACUACAUGUAAUUAUUACAAAGACAAAUAAUCAUCAAUGGUAGUUUUCACAGGUGACACAUAACCGUUGUAGUUUGUACACUGCAUAUUAAUUUUUGACUUGUUUGCAGAGAACUUCAUCAACAAAAACCUUCUCCUGCAGUUCAUUAUCAGAGGUGAGGAGUUCCUAACUAAAAGCAGAGAUUUUGUUUAAGAUUAGUGUUAUCAUUGCACUUCAUUUUACUUGACUUGAAUUAAGAAACACUGGGUUGAAAAGGUAUUUGGGAAAAUGAAACUGUGUGUGUUAUGUGGUGGUUAAUUAUUAACUUCUCUCAGCUUGGGUGAAGAGAAGGGACAACCAGAAAGACAUCUGCAUUUUUCACAAACUAGUCUCCAGGACUACCACUGGAUUUCUGCAUUUUAAAGGAGACUGUCUUUGUAAACUUGUCAGCUCAGAUACAUGUGUGUGUGCAGGAAUGAGUGCAUAGUAUUGAACAAGUGCAUGUUAACAGAGCAUUUUACAUCUAUGAGUAUCUACAAGUGGGCCUAAAGUUCUUGAAAAGUUCUUCAUCCUGUCUAAUAUCACCACUUUGCUUGUCUGCCUUGUGGCCUAAAAAACUCUUUCCGUUCACUUCAAAAAAUUCUUUGUGUGGUUCUGGAACCCUUUGUAGGUUAAAUGCUUUCUCUUAAAAAAGUAAGGGAAGAGUAUAUGCAAAUCAUUUUUAGCUAAUAAAUUCGGCGAGGUUGCUAAAUAAAGUAUACGCCCAUAAUAGGGCUUAGACCAUCCUCAGAGACCCAGGGGCAGCUAGUCAGGACGAUAGAAUGUUCAUGGUGAAAGUUUACCAUAACAAUAAACUUUCACCACAAACAUCCUAUCGUCCCAACUAGCUGCCCCUUGGUCUGCGAGGAUGAGCUUAGACAUGGUCUUUUCUUUCUUAUUUUAACAGAAACAUGCCAGAUAUUGAAUUUCUUAUGCAAGAGUGGCCAGAGGAAUUUGAAGAACUUUUGAAUAAGGUAUUUAGUAACUUUGUCCUUUAGCAAGAUUUCUUUACAAUCUGCUGGGGAAAAUGACUUUAUGUAAGGGUUAUCGGCCUGAAGCGAGGGGAUAUGUGAUUUAUUCCCCUCGUGCGUUGCCCGAGAGGAAUAAAUCACAUAACCCCUCACUUCAGGCCGAUAACCGUUACAUGCUGGCACUGGUGGCAUUCACAAGUUUCUUAGCUUUUUAAUUAUGUUAGUUUUUGAAAGUCGCAUGUCAAAUUAGUUGUUCGCAGUGAAUGCUAGAAACAGCCUAAAGAGCCUAGCAGUGUCGAGCGAUUCAGAGCCAGAAGUAGAGCCGUUUAUUACUCAAACUAAAGCAGCUUCAGUGGCGGUACUGUAAGAGCUUUCGGAAAACAAUUUGAAUGUUCAGUUUGCGGGUGCAGAAAACGAACAAGCAGUUGACAAUUUCAAUUUUCGCACCGAGGAUCUUUCGACCGACCUGCAUGUUUACAUACAAAGAAGAUUCCGGGCGAGGGAUCACUACUGUAACUCACAAGGAAAUUCAGUCGAGGAAUGAAGCAAGAAUACCUCAAAACACGAAGAGGUCAACUACAUGUCUUCAUAGAGUACACUAGUUUGGGAUGACUGGUUAAAGAACGGAACACCUUACCAUGACAGCGACACUUUCAUGGAACCGUAGAAAAGACGCUGUUCAAUUUCGAACUGUCGUUCUGGCUGUGAAAAUCGAUGAACCAACAACUAAGAAAAUCCGUGAAUGUGGCGCAAAAGAAACGCGGCUAAGUUUAAUUUUAGUAAUUAUAGCGUCGUGUUUAAUAUUUCCAAUAAACAUUUGUGAUUUUUUUUCUUUACGAAAAGCUAAUUAAAAUGCGAGGGGAUUAUGUAUUAAUAUCAUAAUAUGCAAGGGGGAUAAGUGACUUAUCCCCCUUGCAUAUUAAUACAUAAUCCCCUCGCAUUUUAAUUAGCUUUUCAUUAGCCCCGCUCUUUCCUUCAAACAAUCAAUGCCGCACCCAGCUUUUCAGACAGUUGAUUCGGGGGUUAUGUAAUAUAUUCCCCCCGAAAAGAACAAAGGAAUCCGAGCUUACGUAAGAAUAAGCAGAAGAAACAUGCAUGAUGCAAAUCCCAUCCAGGGUUAAAAGCUAAACUGAAGUUCUUUUUAGGUUGGGCUUCCAACAGCUGAUCUGGAUGUUGAUUUAAAACAAUAUGUUGACUUGGUCUGUGGUAAGUUUUAAUCAUUCAUUCAAGUAAUACUAGGGAUUGGGGUGCCUUAGUGUACAACCGGUGACAAAAUUGUUGACUGAAACAUUGUACUCAAAUAGGGUAACUUCAGAGAAGAAAAGAGUCUACAUCCCUCCCCUGUUCCUUCCAUUCAAAGUUGGGGUGUUUGUCGUUUUCUAAAGGUAGCUCGAACAGUGGCACAACAUUGUAUGGAGGGGAUGGGGGAGGAAAAGCUAUAUCUCCUUUUUCUGAAGUCAGUAAAAUGUCAAAAAGCCCCUUAAGGGCGAAGUGUCUCAACUCAUUUUAUCACUGAUUGCAGCUAUUACACAUUAGGAUACAAAGCUACUUGUAUCAGUUAUCCAGACCAGGGCUAGUGGGCAAGGGGUGCAUUAUCCUAUGUAAUGGCCAGUGCUAAAGGGUAUGGGUUUUUUUUUUUACCCAUGGAGGUAUCACUUUAGGUUGUUCAUGAAAAGAAAUUCUUAAAAGUAACAAAUGACAUUAUAAUAAUAUUAUUGUUGGAAUAUGGUCUCCUCUAUAGUUUACAAUAAAUAAAAUCUUACCUACACCCACAUUGGUGACCCUCUAAUAUGGCUUAACUCUAAUAUCAUUUUUGGACGACCAUUUCCGUCGUUUUCAUACAAGACUUCCCCCAAAUCUGAAAUGAAGUAUAGAUUUUAACCAUUUUAAACUGAAAUAGGGCAAGUCUUAAAGUGCUCUCUGGAACCAGGGUCUUUAACUCAGUAUGUAUUGAAAACAGCAGUUUAGGUCGAAAUUAGGGUAAGGGGAAACCAGAAACGUUUUUUCUGAAAUAGGGCAAGGGUUUCAAUGAGUAUUCCCACCUCAAGGAUUGCAUAGGUAGUUAAAAACACGUGUAGCACGUGUUGGUGCAGGUGGUUUUGUGAUGUGAAAAACUUGAAUCAACUGUCCAAGUGAAUAAUAAAACAUUAAGCCACCAUUAUUAAAUAGACGUAUAAAUUAGGAAUACAAUGUCAUUCAUUUUAAGAAACAUCAAGACUAAGAUCUCGUAUCAAUUACUUUAGAUAAGAAGCCAGUAGACAAAGGUUAAUGUUCAACUGAACUGGUUCUCAUUUAAAUCCUUUUUGACAGGUAUUCUCGGCAUUCCUGUACAUAACAACAGAAUCCAUGCCCUUCAUGUGCUGUUCACACUAUUCUCAGAAUUCAAGAACUCACAGGUAUAAAAGCAAUCCGUAAACUCCUAUUAAUUAUAUAAUUAAUUAAAUUUUACAUUGUUCAAGAUUUCAGUGCCAGUCAAGCCUUACUUUUCUAUGACUUCAGAUUCAAAUUUAUUUUGUUUGCACCUUUUUUUCCCUACACCAGCAUUUUAAACAACUUGCCAAAGACAACCAACUGUCAAGUGACCUGCGACUGGAUAGUGGUAGUGGCAAUCCUUAUACUGGGGGUGUGGCAGCUACUACAGAGCACAUGACACUUAGUGGUGAAGAGGCACAGACUAUGAGCUUUGAUGACUAAAACAUUUGCACCAUUGUAUAUUUGUUGUCCCAUGUCAAGUGAAAAGUUUCAGUCAUGCAAUGUAGAAUUAACCCAUUUCACUUUUAUUAAUUUCCUCAUAUAGCCUUCUGUAAUUUUGUGUUACCGGUACAAAUGUUAUCAAUGUUAUUGUUGAGGGCAAGAAGAUUGUGUCAUAGUUGUUGAAGUUAGGUUUGCAAGUCUAUUUUUAUUUACUGAAAUAAAUGUGGAUAGAACUGGCUGACACUGGUAUUGGUGUUAUGGUAAUUAAUCUA